GUAGCUAAGAAAAAACCAAACCCCCUUAAAGUUUUGUAGAAUUUUUUUGUUACUAUUUGAUAACCGCAUUUCCAUUGGAAUCACUAUGUCGCACCAGAUUGGAGUCAUGUGCUUGGGUCACACGGAGGCAGUGGUGGAGCUAUCCUUUAGCAACGACUUUGGAUCCGGGUUUUACCUUGCCUCGGCAGGACUCGAUGGAGUGGCAAUGCUGCGACAUGGUGACACUGGGCACAUGAUAACCCAUCUAAGGAAACACAAGCAAAGCGUGUGGAGCGUGUCCUUGAACGAGGAUGCGAAGAUCCUGGCCAGUGGCGGGGGCGAUGGCAAGGUUCGCAUCUGGGAUGCCUUGCUGGGGAAACAGCUGUCGAAGUAUACGCGUGAAGAAACAGUAUCCUGUUUGGACUUGAAUCCCAAGGGCAGUCGUUUGGUAAGUGGGUGCCUCGGUCACGAACCCACCGUUGCCCUCUUCGACCUGGAGAAAUCGAACAAGAAGCCCCUGAUGGAGUUCCAUGGUCACCAGCGGGGUGUGAGGGAUGUAUGCUUCUGCUUGGAGGACCGUUGCAUCUUCACCUCCUCAUACGAUCGAAAUGUGAAGAUGUGGGAUUGCCGCAGUGGCGAGCGGACCAACUCCAUAGUCCUCACUCACCACGCCAAGUCCAUGGAACUGCACCACGACAGGGAGAUAGUUACCAUAGCCUUUGACUGCAAUGUGAUCUUUGUGGAUCCCAAGAGCUUCGAGAUUCUGAAGCACCAAAAGUUCACCUACAAAGUAACUUCGGCCGCCCUGCAUCCCAAAAAGGAGAGCUAUGCGUGUGGAACCGUUGAGGGUAUCGUCCACAAGUACGACUACGUAACGGACCUCUCUUUGGGAUCCUACUUAGGCAAGGAGAGGUCCGCCGUUUGUUUUCUGAGGUUCAGUCCCGACGGCGAAAUAUGUGCGAUGGCCCUGGCAAAUGGUAAUAUCGUACUUUGGCGACAGAACAUGUACAAGAAGUACGGCCUAUGGACUACGGUUUCCACCUUGGAAGAAGACAACGAGGCAGCCGAAGACGCUGAUGGGGAGGAGGAUGGUGAUGGGGAUGGGGAUGAGAACGAAUCCAUGAGUUGAAUACCCCCUGCACAACUGUACCCCUGCUUCGAUUCGAGUUCCCUUCUGGGUUAAUUGUGUUUUUUGUUCGCUUGCAUCGUUCCCCAUAAUCAAAGUCCGAAAAGGGUCACGUUUCUUUCUCUCUAAUAAAUUUGUCUUGUGAUUGAA